AUGCUCGGUAGACUACAAUCAGUUUCAGCAAGUCUGGCUACUAAAACUAAUAUUUGGACUGCUAAGACCAUAUACUAUGGCAAAGUUGCCGCCGAAUUGAGUAAACAAGUAUAUUUGAAGGAAGGUUUGCAACCUCCAACGGUUGCCCAAUUUAAGCAAGUAUACUGUGAUCUAUACAAGAGGGCUUUACAGUUAUCUAAAAAUCCAAAUUCUAUCUUUAGCUACUCGCAAUGCCUAACUAAGAAUAAUAUAGUUAAAUUUGGUGCCAUUGGUGUACAAAUAGCUGGCUUUUACACUGCUGGUGAAGCUAUCGGUAGACGUAAACUAGUUGGUUACAAAAACUACUCAACUAAUGUCGAGCAUAAACAUUAG